UAAAUUCGUUCCAUAAAUUUGGUUUCGUUCAGUCUCGCGGAUAAAAAUGGCUGUAUUGUUGAUCGCAAUCAUUGCUCCUUUUUAAAGACUUAAUAUUCUCGUAAAUUUAACUUAUUUAAUGAUUCUUGAACAUUAACAAUUUGUAGUUUUUGUAUCGUGCUGUUUUUUAUAUUUCUUUCACAAUAUGUCGGAUAGUAACAAUUCAAACGGGAUGAGCUUCUUGAGGCAGUAUAGGUUUCAGAGGAAACCAAAUGCGACAGGGACCAGUAUGCCAGUCACGGUUACGUCGGCACCCUCCAGUUCCCACACAAUAGUUAGGAUGCCAGCACCGAAUGCAAUAAAUAGAAAUGGUCCAAUUGUAUAUAAACGCAUCAGGAUUCAGGACUCCGAUUCAGAUGAUCCAGCGACACCAACAAAGAAGCCAGCGGUUGACACAAACAAACCUGCUGAGACUGAGCUCAGUACGGCUAUUAGAGAAAGGCGAUUUAGGAAUAUGCUGCAAAUGUUCCCUGAAAUUGCACCAUUAUUUGUCAAAGAUAUAUUAGUGAAACAUGGUUGGAAUGAAGAACGUGCAAGAGAUGAACUUUUAAAGUAUGACCCUGAGAGUAAUGAUCGGGGUUCAGGUGGAUCCAGCUACUUCCCUCGACCUGGAAACUCGGGCUUGAAGAAGUCUAACGGGAACUUGAACAUUAUUAGGAUGACAAGUGUGUCUAAACCUAAUAUUGGGGUGGUUGUGAGGAAACCCUUACCCCAUAAGGGUGGUAGGGGCACGCAGGGUAGUAGUGGAAGUGAGGAUGAAGACUAUGGUGUUAGGAAAGGAAAAGAUGACAGGGUAUAUGAUAGUGACGAUUCUGAUAAUGAUAUUUCGGAUGAUCUUAUUGGUGAUAAGAAGAAAGUGUUCGAGUUCCUUAACAAUAGUAACCUGAAUGAACUGUCUCUACUGAGCGGGUGUUCGCAGAAGAAAGCGGACGCAAUCAUCGCCCAGAGACCAUUCAAAGGCUGGCUAGAUAUGGUAGAAAAAUUCAAUAGCAACAAGAUGCUGAGCACGGACUUAUUAAACUCUACACAAGAGCUGCUCUCGACAAGAAAUAACAUACAACGCCUGAUGAAGAAAUGCGUGGGGCUGGCACAACAGCUGGAAGCUGCAGUCGCGGCCGGCGUAACCAGGUUGAAACAACCGAACAUAUUAGAUUCCAGUUUGAAACUAGCCCCGUACCAGUUGGUGGGGCUGAACUGGCUCGCUGUACUACACAAGCAGGCCGUGUCGGGUAUACUAGCGGAUGAGAUGGGGCUCGGAAAGACUGUGCAAGUGAUAGCUUUCCUCGCACAUUUGAAGGAGACGGGGCAGGCGCGUGGGACGCAUUUGAUCGUUGUACCUGCGUCUACACUGGACAACUGGAGCGGGGAGUUAGCACGUUGGUGCCCGUCAUUACGCGUCAGCAAAUACUACGGCCCGCCUGAGGAGCGAAGGCUGCUUCGGAUAGAGUACGCCAAGCACCUCAGCAAUUACGAUGUCGUUCUGACCACUUACACAAUGGUGAGCAGUUGUCCCGAGGAGCGCAAGAUGUUCCGCAUCACGCCCAUGCACUACGUAAUAUACGACGAGGCGCAUAUGCUCAAGAACAUGUCAACACAGAGAUACGACAACCUGCUCAAAAUAAAGUCGAAACACCGUCUGCUGUUGACCGGCACGCCGCUGCAGAACAAUCUGUUGGAGUUAAUGUCGUUGUUAUGCUUCGUGAUGCCUCACAUGUUCUCUGGGAAAACAGACGAUCUUAAGAGUCUCUUCCAGAAGAAUUCUAAAGCAAAAACAACAAAGAAAGCAGACGGUACUCAGGAGGACGACGUGCCAGCAUUUGAACAGAGUCAAAUAACUCAAGCAAAAAGGAUCAUGAAACCAUUUGUAUUGAGAAGACUGAAGCGGGAUGUCCUACAGGACUUGCCCAAGAAGACCAACCACACUGAACUCUGUUCCAUGUCUGAGCGGCAAGAGACUCUAUACAAACAGCUUGUAACUGGGUUUUCUGCUAAGGAUGGUCUUGUACACGCAACAACAGAGCAGAGUGGCAUAUCUAUGAUGAUGGACAUGAGGAAGCUAGCGAACCAUCCGCUGUUACUACGGUACCACUAUCAGGAGGACCAGGUUCGCAAAAUGGCAACGCGGCUGGCUAGAGACCCAACGUACAAAGAGAAGAAUGAGCAGUAUGUUUAUGAAGAUCUUAUGUGCUUGUCCGACUUCCAAAUACAUCAGAUGACACUUGUUCAUAGUUGCAUAAGCCAAUUCUCAGUUCCGGAGCACCUUAUCCUCGACUCGGGGAAAUUCCAAAAGUUGGACGAGAUGUUGCCAAAAUUGAAAGCUGACGGUCAUCGGGUGCUCGUCUUCAGUCAAUUCACCAUGAUGCUGGACAUCCUGGAGCCGUACCUGGCUGCUAGAAGAUACCGAUACCUGCGGCUUGAUGGAAGCACGGCCGUCAAUGACAGACAAGAGUUAAUAGACCAGUACAACGCGGAGGAUAUCUUCGUGUUUCUGCUGUCGACCCGCGCCGGCGGGCUGGGGAUCAAUCUCACGGCGGCGGAUACAGUCGUCAUACACGAUAUUGACUUCAACCCAUACAACGAUAAACAGGCUGAGGACAGAUGUCACCGGAUGGGCCAGACGCGGCCGGUCACCAUCUACCGGCUGCUGAGUGCUGGCACCAUCGAGGAGGGUAUCUACCAGGUUGCACAGGAGAAACUUAAUCUCGAGAAACACGUCACAGGAGCAGAUGAAAACGAGCCGACUGAACAAAAGAACGUGGUGCGUCUACUGUCAGUCGCUCUCGGACUGACGUCCCCAAGCAAAUGAUUGUUGGCAAAUAAGUCGUCACAAUAAAACAGUGAUGUUUGUGCCCAACUUUAAUUGGACUUGUAUAAAACAUAGUAGAUACAAGAUGUGAACAAACGUUUGUGCAAUUAAACUAUGAGCCAACAUUUGUGCAAGCGACAGAGAAGAUCGCAUUUAGAUAUUGGUAUGUUAUGAAAUUAUUGUCAAAUAUAAUUAUUAUAUUCAUUGAAUAAUGCA